AUGUAUAUAAUAAUUGCAUCUGCCAUCAUCCUUGCUAUCAGUUUUACUCUCCAACUAACAAAAGUCAAUCCCAAAAAAAAGUUAUAUAUUCUGGAUAUAUUUCUCAUCCUCCUAGGUGCAAUGGCAAUAUAUAGUGAAACCACACAUAAGUUGGGUGAUUUUACAGAGUAGUUGUAGGCUGCAUUUUCAAAAUAAUAUCCAAUUGAAUAUUAAUUAGACGAACUCAUUCUCAAAAAUCAAAUCCAACUUCAUUCAUAUUAGUUAUUUUAUGGUAUGAAAUAGGAUGGAAUUUCCACUCUCUUCAAAUUCAUAGUCAACUAGUAAAUUAAGGAUAGCAAACAAGCCAUAUACAUUAAUAUCCAAUCUGAAAUACAAACUUAAGAACAAGCCUUGUAACUAUUUGGCACUAACAAUUUACAUGAACUAAUCCAUUUUACGUAGCAAAGACCAACCACAAUUGUCAUUGACAAUUUGCAUUUAUCACUCAGCAAAAAACAAUGCUAUAUCUGCCCAAUAUUAAGUAAUCUUCAUAAAUUCAACACUACUACAAUUCUCAUAAGUGCCAAAGAAUUACAUAAUCUAAAUUAUUUGUUGGAUGAUUAUAGUGUCAAUGUUAUGGAAAUCAGAGAAUUCGAUAAUGGAAAAUAAUUGCAUUUCAGAUAUGACUGGAGUUAACAAUCUAUUUAAUAUGGAAAGAAAUAUGAAGAUAUGGUUUUGUAGAAGCAAAAGGAAUUUGUGAUAGGCUUGACUGAAACAGAAAAAUAAAUUAUGGGAGAUAUAAGAAAGUUAAUUUGCAAAAUCAAAUGCGAAAAUCAAAAAGUGAAAAUAGAUGACUUAAUCUAUUAACAUUCAGAUUUGAAGUAGAUUGUUGAAAAAAAUUAUGUAAUUGCUUAAUUUGGAUAUGUUAAAUUUUAUAAUAGUUUUAUCUUUGAGUCAUUGCAAUAUUUAUGA